AUGGAGACGGCGGAGAAGGAGUGCGGAGCCCUCGGCGGCCUCUUCCAAGCCAUCAUCAACGACAUGAAGAGCUCCUACCCCAUCUGGGAGGAUUUCAACUCGAAGGCCACCAAGCUGCACUCCCAGCUCAGGACCACGGUGCUGGCCGCAGUCGCCUUCCUAGAUGCCUUCCAGAAAGUGGCCGACAUGGCCACCAACACCCGCGGCGCCACGAGGGACAUCGGCUCCGCGCUGACCCGCAUGUGCAUGCGGCACCGCAGCAUCGAGGCCAAGCUCCGGCAGUUCACCAACGCCCUCAUGGAGAGCCUGAUAAACCCUUUGCAGGACAGGAUUGAGGACUGGAAGAAAACUGCCAACCAGCUGGACAAGGACCAUGCAAAAGAAUACAAGCGAGCCCGCCACGAGAUCAAGAAAAAAUCCUCCGACACACUCAAGCUCCAGAAAAAGGCUCGCAAAGGGAAGGGGGACCUGCAGCCCCAGCUGGACAACGCGCUGCAGGAUGUCAACGACAUGUACCUGCUGCUGGAGGAGACGGAGAAGCAGGCGGUCCGCAAAGCCCUCAUCGAGGAGCGGGGUCGCUUCUGCACCUUCAUCACCUUCCUGCAGCCCGUGGUGAACGGGGAGCUCACCAUGCUGGGAGAGAUCACCCACCUGCAGGGCAUCAUUGAGGACCUGGUGGUCCUCACCGCCGAGCCCCACAAGCUGCCCCCCGCCAGCGAGCAGGUGAUCAAGGACCUGAAGGGCUCUGACUACAGCUGGUCCUACCAGACCCCCCCGUCCUCGCCCAGCAGCUCCAGCUCCCGCAAGUCCAGCAUGUGCAGCCUGGCGCAGCCCCCCGCCGCCGCCACCCGCCUCUCCAGCGUCUCCUCCCAUGACUCCGGCUUCAUCUCCCAGGACGCCGCUUACUCCAAACCGCCUUCCCCCAUGCCCUCGGACAUCACCAGCCAGAAGUCCUCCAGCUCGGCGUCCUCGGAGGCCUCGGAAACCUGCCAGUCGGUUAGCGAGUGCAGCUCCCCCACCUCGGACUGGUCCAAGGCCAGCCCCUACGACCAGCCGGUGGUCCCCACCCUGCAGCGGCGCAAGGACCGCGUGGAGCACCUGCGGGAAGCCGAGAUGGGCUCACCCGCCGGCGGGUACCCGGGCAUCGGCGGCGAGGAUGCUCCCAGGCCCCGCAUGUCACCGGCUACGAUCGCCGCCAAGCACGGGGAGGAGGUGUCCCCCGCCGCCAGCGACCUGGCCAUGGUCUUGACCCGGGGGCUGAGCCUGGAGCACCAGAAGAGCAGCCGGGACUCGCUGCAGUACUCCAGCGGCUACAGCACGCAGACCACCACCCCCUCCUGCUCCGAGGACACCAUCCCUUCCCAAGGCUCUGACUAUGACUGCUACUCGGUGAAUGGCGACGUGGAGUGUGACCCCCAGAGUGACUUCGACAAGUCCUCCACCAUCCCGCGCAACAGCAACAUCGCCCAGAACUACCGGCGUAUGAUCCAGACCAAGCGUCCCGCCUCCACUGCCGGGCUGCCCACCGGCACCAACCUACCAGCCGGCACCACCCCAGGGGUGGCCACCAUCCGCCGCACACCCUCCACCAAGCCCUCGGUCCGCCGCACCCUCUCCAAUGCUGGCCCCAUCCCCAUCCGACCUCCCAUCGUCCCCGUGAAGACCCCCACGGUGCCCGACUCCCCCGGCUAUACCGGCCCCACGCGGGUGGGCAGCGAAGAGUGCGUCUUCUAUGCCGACGACGCCUCACCGAACCCCCUGGAUUUUGCCAAAGCUUCGCCCAAGCGGCUGAGCCUUCCCAACACCGCCUGGGGCGGCGGUGCCAUGGAGAUCUCCGUCUACCCCGGGGCCGGCCAGCACCUCUCUGCCGAGGAAGAGGAGGACCAACAGUUGGCCGCCAACCGGCACAGCUUGGUGGAGAAGAUCGGCGAGCUGGUAGCCGGCGCCCACGCCCUGGGGGAAGGCCAGUUCCCCUUCCCCACUGCCCUCGCGGGGUCUGGCCCUGGCGAGGAGACCCCCGCGCCCCCCCCGGCGGCCUCCAUGGACCCCCCGGCCGAAGACAUGCUGGUGGCCAUCCGGCGUGGGGUGCGCCUGCGCAGGACCGUCACCAACGACAGGUCGGCCCCACGGAUAUCGUGA